AUGGAAAACUCUACUCACUUUAAGGUCUUCAGGCUUGCUGCAUACGGUGAUAUUGGACAAUUGAAGUAUUGCUACUUUACUGUAGUAACUGUAUUAUAUUUUGUCAUCAUUCUUGCCAAUAUUUUACUUAUUGGAGUUAUCUGCAUUGAAAGAAGCCUUCAUGAACCCAUGUAUAUGUUUCUAUGUGCUUUGUUUGUUAAUCAGUUGUAUGGGAGCACUGGUUUGUUUCCUGCUCUCAUGUUUUACUUGCUGUCUGACACACAUGAUAUUUCCCUUCUUUAUUGUUAUCUCCAGAUUUAUGUGUUGUACACAUGUGCUCUAACCGAAUUUAGUAAUUUAUCAGUUAUGUCCUAUGACAGGUACAUCUCUAUUUGUUAUCCUCUACAGUAUAAUAAUAUUAUGACACCUAAAAUAAUUUGUGGCUUAAUUCUACUGUCCUGCUUGUCUUCUUUUUUUCUCAUCGCCAUCAUUAUCUCCCUGAGUUUGCGACUGCAAUUUUGUGGUAAUGUUCUAGACAGACUGUAUUGCGAUAACUACUCAGUAGUCAAGCUUGCCUGUUCAAAUACUAUGCUGAAUAACAUAUGGGGUCUUGUUGUCACUGUGCUUUAUAUUUCUUGUACUAUAUUUCCUACCAUAUACUCAUAUGUAAGAAUUCUACAAAUAUGUUUAAAGUCUUCUAAAGAGACGAAACAGAAAGCAUUUAACACCUGUACACCACAUAUAGCCUCUAUGCUUAACUUCUUAUUUGGCUGGUUAUUUGUGAUUCUACAAGGCAGAUAUGAAACUGCAGAUCUUCCACCUAUACUUCGCACUAUUUUAUUUGUUUAUUUUCUGAUAUGUCCACCGAUUUUCAAUCCUUUAAUGUAUGGUGUUAGGAUGGUUAAAAUCAGGCAUGCUUGUAACAAGUUUGCCUACCGACCGAACAGGUCUACAGAGGACGCCAUCUCCACAGCUUUACACUCUGCCCUGACCCCCCUGGACAAAACCAACACCUAUGGCUUUGUGCUGUUUCCCCUCCUGUACUGCCUCUUCACCUACGACUGCGUUUCUGUACACGGUUCCAACACCAUCGUCAAGUUUGCAGACGACACCAUGGUGGUAGGCCUGAUCAAUGACAAUGACGAGCUAGCCUACAGGGAGGAGGUCAAGCAUCUGGCUGCAUGGUGCUCUGACAACAACGUGGCCCUCAAUGCAAAGAAAACCAAGGAGCUCAUUGUAGAUUACAGGAAGUCUAAAAGCUGCAGCCACUCCCCAGUUGUCAUUGAUGGCACUGAGGUGGAGCGUGUGCCCAGCUUUAAAUUCCUGGGUGUCUACAUCUCAGAGGACCUCUCCUGGACCCUCAACACCUCAAUCGUGGUCAAAAAAGGCGCAGUAGCGCCUGUACUUUUUGAGGAGGCUGAAGAAGGCACACCUGUCUCCCAAGAUCUUAGCCGCUGCAUGGUCGAGAGCAUUCUGACAAACUGCACAAACAGUGAUUUGGCGGAUGCUCCGUGGCUGCCCGUAAGGCCCUGCUACGUAGAUCCAGCGCAAGCAGUGUCUGCGUAG